AGGGGGAGGGGUGUCCCGUCGGCAGGCACACAGACAGCAAGCAGCAGCUGCAGCGAGAGGACCCGGCUCCCCUUUACUCUGCAUUAAAACAUUCAUUGUACAAAUUUUUAGCCCCGCAACACACCGGACAGCAACAGACACUCCUUCAAAAUGGUAGACCGUGAGCAACUGGUGCAGAAAGCCCGGCUGGCCGAGCAGGCGGAGAGGUACGAUGAUAUGGCAGCUGCCAUGAAAUCGGUGACAGAGCUGAACGAGGCGCUAUCCAAUGAGGAGAGGAACCUGCUCUCUGUGGCCUAUAAGAACGUGGUCGGAGCAAGGCGCUCAUCUUGGCGCGUCAUCUCAAGCAUCGAGCAGAAAACAACGGCUGAUGGCAACGAGAAGAAGAUCGAGAUGGUGCGUGCCUACCGGGAAAAGAUCGAGAAGGAGCUGGAAGCUGUUUGCCAAGACGUGCUCAACCUCCUCGACAACUUCCUGAUCAAGAACUGCAACGAGACGCAGCACGAGAGCAAGGUGUUCUACCUGAAGAUGAAGGGCGACUACUACCGCUACCUGGCCGAGGUGGCCACGGGGGAGAAGAGAGCCACGGUGGUGGAGUCCUCCGAGAAGUCCUACAACGAGGCCCACGAGAUUAGCAAGGAGCACAUGCAGCCCACUCACCCCAUCCGCCUGGGCCUGGCUCUCAACUACUCUGUCUUCUACUACGAGAUCCAGAACGCCCCCGAGCAGGCGUGCCACCUGGCCAAGACCGCCUUCGAUGACGCUAUCGCCGAGCUGGACACCCUCAACGAGGACUCCUACAAAGACUCCACUCUCAUCAUGCAGCUGCUACGAGACAACUUGACGCUGUGGACGAGCGACCAGCAGGAUGACGAGGGAGGAGAGGGCAACAACUAGAGUCCGAAACCUCAUUCUGCCAAAACAACACAACACGCGCGCUCACAAAUGAUGACAAAAUAAUAAUUAUAGUUAAAAAGUUGUUAGAAAUUAAAAAGAGGGAGGGGGGAGGGGCGGUGGAGGAACAUCGGCUGCCAAUUUAGCCGAUGGUACUAACGCGGCUGCUGUUCUUUAUUUUUCAACAAAUUAAAAGUGAAAAAAAAGCAGGAGGAGGGCAGACAAUUUUAGUUAAAAUAAUCUACAAUUAAAGAAUAAAUCAAAAGAAUGAAACCCCCUCCUUGGUAGCCUCUGCAGCAUUUGCCAAAAUCCAACUUUAGAAGCAAAGAGGUGUGUCAUUCAUCGCAGUGUGACUAUUGGAUAAUGAUGCCUUCACACUGGCAGAGACUGGUCUUAUCGCGCAAAUGAAGCUGAGCUGUCUUAUUGUAUUUGGUGAGGGGAGGAGCAUUCACAAAUUGAUGCUUGAGCAGCGAGAAAAUUAGAGUAACCUUGAAUGUCAUGGCCUUGUUUAGAGAGAGAGCGAGAGAGAACGACAACAGAGUGAGUGAUGACGAGAGCAGACGAGAUGAUGAAGAAGAAGACGAGCUUUAGGGGGUGUCGAAUUCAUCGUGUUAACUCCAAAAACGUACCGACAUCUUUAGUUGCACCACACUUUGAUCGUUGAGUGAAAAGCAGGUUGUCUCUGUUAUUGAAGAUAACAUAAAAUAAACUGUUUUUGUUUGCUUUGUGUCCGGUAUGUGUCCAGCUCAGUCACACAGUCAUACUGUAACUAAAAAUACAAAGUCAUAAAGUAAACUUAGUGCAGCUUGUCCCUCUCAUGUGCUGAUGUGCUUUAUUAAUGAAUAAAUUAACAGUUUUUGGACACCUAAUUCUUAUUGUCAGUAUUGUCGUUACUAUUACGUCUAUUGGCUCCUUUUGUCGGUAGGAAAUGAUUGGCUGAACUCUAGAUGGUAUAACAUGAAUGAAAAAUUCAAACAAACAAUGAUGAUUGACUAUUAUCCACCCUUAUUCUCCAGUUAUGCUAUCUUCAUAACAAUCCGUCGGAUCUGUGAAACGGCACCAGGAACCACAGACUUGAUUAGUGAUCUCAGUCUAAUUUGCAGAAAGAGCACAUGCAAAGUAAAGCGGGAGCUCUAAAAGCAGAUUUGAGGUUUGUGGAUUUACUUUGUCUUCAGUUUCUUCUUGGUCAAGAAAUGCACUUGCCUAUUAUACUGUUUCUUCAGUGUAAGAUGCUCCAAUAUUCUCCAUAAUACAAUAUUGUGCAUGCUGGUGAUGUAUUUAUACAGUAGCUUCAAUUUAUUAACUUAUACUGUAGAUGUUAUGUAUUCAUAUGAACAUGGAAUUACUAGAACCUUAAUCGGAUUAUUUUCUAUUUAUUUCUUUUUAUUGCGAUUGUUAGCUAGACUUUAUUUUAAUCUGUGUUUUCUUUACUCCAUUUGCUGAAGUACGCUAUACCAAAACAGUGAUUGUUAACAAUAAAUUGAUCUGUUACGGACA